AUGUACAAAAUUGCGUUUCUCCAUGGUGUUCUGGAAGAGGAAGUGUACAUGAAGCAACCUCCUGGGUUUGUGAACAAAAAUGUUCCCUCUUAUAUAUGCAAACUUGACAAAUCACUAUAUGGGUUGAAGCAAGCUCCAAAGGCAUGGUAUUCACGUCUAAGUCACAAGAUGCAAACACUUGGCUUUGUUCCUUCUAAGUCUGACACCUCACUGUUCAUUUACAACAAGUAUAACACAUAUAUAUUUGUACUUAUAUAUGUUGAUGAUAUCAUUGUUACUAGCUCAUCAGAUGAGGCUAUCACAGGACUUUUGAAAGAUCUCAGUAUAGAGUUUGCUCUCAAGGAUCUUGGAGACUUGCACUAUUUCCUAGGGAUUGAGGUAAAGAAGCAUGAGGAUGGACUUCAUCUCUCUCAGGAAAAGUACGCAACAGAUUUGGUAAAAAAGGCAGGUCUUCAAGGUUGUAAGCCCUCACCCACUCCUAUGUCAAGUUCAGAAAAAUUAUCUCUCACAGAAGGACAACUUUUAGAUCAAGAUGAUAGUACAAAGUACAGAAGUUUAGUAGGUGCACUCCAAUAUCUCACAUUUACUAGACCUGAUAUCUCAUUUGCUGUCAACAAAGUCUGUCAGUUUCUUCAUGCACCCACUAUAGUUCAUUGGACUGCUGCAAAACGUAUUGUUCGUUAUGUUAAGAAUGCUGCAAACAUUGGUUUGAAUUUCAGCAAGUCAUCAUCUACACUUGUCAGUGCUUUUUCAGACUCUGACUGGGUAGGUUGUCUGGAUGAUAGAAGGUCUACUGAUGGCUUUGCAAUCUUUCUUGGACCAAACUUAAUAUCAUGGUGUGCAAGAAAACAAGCCACAGUUUCCAGGUCUAGCACAAAGGCAGAGUAUAAGGCACUAGCAAAUGCCACAGCUGAGAUUAUUUGGGUACGAUCCAUGUUGAAGGAACUUGGUGUCAAAAGUACUCAAGCUCCAUGCUUGUGGUGUGAUAACUUGGGUGCUACAUAUUUAUCUACUAAUCCAGUCUUUCAUGCCAGGACAAAGCAUAUUGAGAUAGAUUUCCACUUUGUGAGAGAAAGGGUUGCCAAGAAGCAACUUGAUAUUCGGUUUGUGCAUUCUAGAGAUCAAAUUGCAGAUGGAUUCACAAAACCAUUACCUACAAGAAGCUUUGAAGACUUCAAACAUAAUCUCAACUUGAUGAAGUUGUGA